GGCAUUUGUGUCCGUUACUUCGCUGUCGUUUACCAAGUCUCGAUAAUCUCGUUUUCUUGAAAUUAUAUUGAAAGUGCAUCCAAAUAUUGUUGUCCGUGGGAUAUGUUUUAGUGUUUUGCUUCAAUUCCCCAAAAGUGAUGGAUCGCUUUCUUAUUAGGACGCCCAAUCCGACGUGGCGAUCAUCGGACACCUCGUUCACGCGUUCGUUUGCCAACAAAUCCUUCACCGAUAAGAAAUCGACGCCGAAAUGUGACGCGAAACUCCGUCGACUGAGUAUUCGUGACGAGACUUUACUCAAGAUAUUUUCCAGUCAGCCAGAUCAGCCGCUAAACGAUGAAAAUGUGAAUCCAAUCGCUUUGUUCCGAAGCAUUUCACAGCCCGCCAAAACCACCGAUGUCGACAAUGAUUCGCCGAAAGCAAAGGGCGCUUUUGCCGCGAACUGUCAUUCAGUCGCUGAUCGAACUGCGCACGAAUCAGCAGAUGCCCAAGAUUUGGAGGUGAUGGCCAUGACGCCGCCAACAGACGUUGCCCCGUCGUCAGCUGAAAAUGUUUUCCCUCACGACAAAGCACUCCAGACGAGGCUCCAGCGGGACCUCAACAGUCCCUCGGCGAAUGCCCGUGUCCGGGCUAUGAAGGCGCUCAGGAGCCCCGCGAAGACUGGCUAUUGCAACUUCGACGUGCCGCACGAGGAGCAGGACAUCAUCACGGACGAGGAGCGAAGCCGCCCGGAAUCUAUUCAGGAAGUGAUGAAGAAUGUUGUGGUGUACGUCGAGGUUCGAACAGCGGAAGACAACCGCUCUGCGGGCGUGAAAAAUGUCAUAUCGCAACUCGGUGCCAAAGUGAACGAUCGGUUCCUACGUGAUACAACCCAUGUCGUCUUCAAAGACGGCCUGCAGUCAACGUACAACAAAGCCAAGAAGUGGAACAUCCCAAUCGUGUCGAUUCUGUGGAUCGAGGCCUGCAAGAAUCAUAUGGUGCUGAUGAACCCCAAACUCUAUCCCAUAUCCAACAUUGAACGCUACGAGAACCCGGAAUUGUUUACGAAACUCAAACGCCAAAAAUCCAUGCAACCGAACGCAGAGGAGAAUAUUCGUCGGCACAAAGUGAAAUUGCUCGCGGGGGCCAACAAGAAGACUGAAACUGAAAAGGAGGCUGUGAAACCUGCCACGAAGAUCUCGAUUCCGCGCAAACCAAAGGAUAAUUUGGGAGAUAUUUUGUCUGAUUUCAAAGAGAAACUAUUGAGCACACCCGAAUGCAGUGAGGAUAUAAUAAAACCAGAUUCGAAAGUUCUGGAAAGAUUGCAAAAUUCACCAUACAUCACAAAAAACAAAACGAAGCAGAAAACCACCACAAAUUCUUUGAAGAAGUUUCCUAUGUUUCGCUCCAAUAUUGCAGAAGAAACUAGCGACGAUGACUUUGAAGUUCCUAAGUCGGCAACAAUAACGCCCGAAGUGAAUGCCAAAAAGACAUUAUUAUUUGAUGAAAAAAUAACAACUUCGGAAACCAAACGAAAAAGCACAGCAACCUCAUCGACUAAACGUCGAGCUACAAUUAUACCCAAAGUUAAAUCACCAACCCGCCAGCCUGCUUCUACCACAACACCCAUUUCCACAAUAAAUAAUCCUGAUACGAUGCCUAAAACUCCAGCUAGUCAGAGAAAGGUGCAAUCCUCGCGAAUCACGAGACGUUCGUCGAUGUCAUUAGUAGAGAACACGACCAGUACCUCAAUAACAAAAGAAGGAAGUGUCUCGAUUAAUAAGACUGUUAUAAUGGAAGAAAGCUGUGAUAUAGAUGGUAAUACUGGUUAUGACGGGCAUACGGAAGGCGCCAGUGCGAAAAAUCGGGAAACGACUUAUGCUGAUGUGCAGGUAGAAAUCACAAAAAAUCCCCUGAACAACAACACGAUCACGCCAGAUAUUACAGCAAAUCGUAGGCGAACCCUUUUUGCUUGCAAACCGACUGAAGAAACAUCCGUAGAUCCGGAAAAGGUGCCUGAACGAAAAGAGUCUACGACUAGACGUCGUACAUGCUUCAACUUUCCAUCAUAUGAAGCAAAUUCACCAGAUCUAACUAGCCGCUCACCAUCAAAAGCAUCUAAAACUGCAGACAUAGAGGGUUACAAUGAAGUAAGUGAUAACUGUCUGCCAAGUAUACGAAAGUCUGUUAGGCGUCGCACAAUGUUUACACCCAGCUACCGAGAUGAAGUGAAUGAAUCUGUACAAGAUGCAACAACGCUGAAUGCAAGCUGUGCUAUAAAACCCGUUAACUUGUUCGGAUCAGAGACACCUACUGCAAAGCCAGGAACGAUUAUAGAAGAAUUGAACUCGUCUCUAACGUUUAAUUCUACAAAGACUCCAAUAAAUCCUCGCCGAAGAACUAUAUACGAUAUCUCCAUGGACAUCAUUGACAAGAGGCUGGAGAAUAUCAAUAAAUCUGCCAAACAGAAUCGCUACACGGAAUUCAGACCCCGAGAAGAUGUCGAAAAGCUAGUGGACAAUGAAUGCAUUGUCGCUGAUUCAACGAAAUCGAAGGAAAAUCCAACAAGUGAGGAGGUAUCAAAGACAAAUAAUCGACACACAACAAUCGACUCUUUCACAGCAAUCUUGAACGGAGACAGUUUCAAGACCUCAACCAAAUUAGGAUUAAACGAUUCAACAACUUCGCAAACGCCGGCACAGCCUAAGAAAAGGAAACUGUUUGCACCUGUUGAGUUACUCUUCUCAACACCUCCUGCCUCUAGUACCGCACAAAAGGACAAAGUGAAUGCUGAUGAAUUAGACGGCAAUCCUAAGAAGAAAGCUAAAACGGAAAACAAACCGAUAAAAUCUGUAAAAAGAAUUAACGGGACAGCGAAGAAGGCAAACGGUGCGAGUGCCACAAGUCGGUCACAAAGUCGUCGCAGUACUUUAGACUUUGAACAAGUAGAGAAAUUUAGGACAAUGAAAAGUGUACAACACACAAAACCCGCGCCCGUAGGGAAGCUGAAUCAUAUGGUGUGCACAAAUAUGCACACGGAACAGAUGAAUUUCAUUAAGCAGGCCAUAGGAAAGUUGGGCGGCUUCAAAUUAGAGAACACUGUAAGCGCUAAUACAACCCACGUCGUCAGUCUAGAAUCACGGCGCACUUUCAAUUUGCUACGUGGCAUCAUUCAUGGUUUAUGGAUUUUAAACUACAAUUGGAUUCUAGAAUCAGUUGAAAAUGGAAAAUGGCUUUAUGAAGAACCUUACGAGAUGAUUAGUUUCUCACGAGGUGUCGAGAUUUGCCGUUCCCAGAGACAAGCUUUUGGACCGAAAUUCAAAAUGGACCUAUUUACCGACCUUCCACCAGUCUAUGUAUCACCACAAUCAAAUGUCCCCGCGCAAAAUGUAGAGGAACUGAUAUCAUUAUGUUCAGGAAAAAUUACCAAGGAUAAGAAUGACGCCAAAUAUGUGCUUGGAGAGACACUACGUGACAAUCCUGAUAAGAUUUGCCUGAAUCCGAUUUGGAUUUUGGAUUGCAUACAAGAUAAUCAAAUUAAGAAGAUGACAAAGUACAUUUUAGCUGGUUGACGGUAAGGUAUUUGCAAUUUCGAGUAAGAUAUAGCCCCAAGCAUGUAUUGUUUAUGGAAUUUUAUUUAAAUCCGAAAAACCAGGUAAUUCGAUAAGUUUGUUAAGUUAUUAUUACAAAAACCAAGUUUUGUAUUUCUACUUUUGACGUUAUCUGUCGCGCAAAUAUCAAAAAUUUAUAGAUUUCGGUUGUGUGUCACACAAAAUGUGUAGCAGUCAGUAAACAUGAA